AUGGAGACCAAAGAACUCCCUACGAAGCUGCUGUUUGCCCAGCUCAAAAAGAGUCGAGUUCCCACAAACCCCAAUCACGCUCGAGUACGUAAAAUCGUUCACUUCCAAACCUUCACAAAACGCGUCUUUAAAGAGCCUCAGGGCCUCCUCGUCCUCCCCCAUCUGUGCAUACCCAUAUAUCAUCCCACUCCAAGACACCACGUUUUUCUCGGGCAUUUUGUCGAACAUGUUCCGGGCAUCACCCAACAUCCCGCAUUUCGCAUACAUAUCGACCAUAGAGCUCCCCACGUACACGCUCUCGCCGAACCCAAUCUUCACCGACAAACAGUACACAGACUGACCCAGGCGAUGAUCGUCUAUCAUCGCGCACGAUUUGAUCACACACGGCAAAAUGUAGUCGUCGGGGAACAUACCUUUGUUCUUAAGCAUCAGCUUGAAAUGCCCGAGCCCGUGGAAUGGGAGUUCAUUCUGAGAGAAGCACGAGAUGAUGGAGCUCCAGGUGGUGGGCGUCUUGAAGGGGGUCUCGCGGAAGAUCCGCUCCGACGAGUGCGGGCGCUGGAGCUUGGAGUAGAAGUUGAUUAG